AUGUUGAGUAAAACUGAUAUCAUAAAUAAUGCACCAGAAGAUAUUGCUCUUGAUCAAUGGGCUUUAUUCGUAGAAUAUCGUUUGAAGCCUGAAACUCAGAAAAUUUGUAAGAGGAAUCAAGAAAUUUGGCAAAAACAAAUAAUUCUUCAUACUUCAGGUGCUAAAUCAAUUGCAAGAAGAAGGGCUGAAUUGACGGAAGAGACGGGAAAAGAAGUUAGUAGGGUUCAAAUGUGGGACAUCACUCACAAGAAAAUAGAUGGAAGUUAUGUUAAUGAAAAGGCUAAAGAAAUAGCGGAGAAGAUUGAAGCACAUAGCAGCCAACAACCGAUGGAAUCAACUGUUAAUUCUCCUCUUGAUGCUCUUGGAGUAGUUUUUGGGAAAGAGCACCCUGGUCGUGUUCGAGGUUUAGGUAUGGGAGCUGUUCCAACAAUUGCUUUCAAGAACAACACUACAAGGAUUAGUCAAAUGAAUGUAGGUUCUUCAAAUGAUGUUGGCACAUCAUCUACUUGUGGUUCAAAUGUGCAAGAAGAGUUGGCUACCGUUAAAGCGCAAUUGCAAGCGCUAGUCUCCUAUAUUGCUUCUAAGGAAGGAGAGAUUGGAUCAGGAGAGUGAGAUUCCAUCACCAAAAGAGUUAGGAAGUAGGUCUUCUGGAGCAAGCAACAAGGAAGCAUGACCUUGCUUGAUAUGUUAAGACGUAUAUUAAGAAUUAUAUGUUAAGACGUAUUAUUGAAAAAUGUUUCUUUGAUACUUUGUUUUUGGAUUAUGACAUUUCAAUUAUGACUUGGAUUA